AUUAAAUAAUUUAGAAUCUUUGAUUUACGUUGACUUGAGAUUUACGGUAGUCAUUAGCCUAGCUCAGUCUCUUCCAAUGUUUCCCGGCGUGGAGGCAGCCAGCGUAUUAUUGCUAUUAUUCGUCUAUCACGGUCACAACCACCGCCCACUCUUGCCACGCCACCGAGCUCCAGCAGCACAUCGGCUCUCAGACUGUCGCAUCAUCGGCUUGGGAGGGGCUCAGUUUCUCGCUCCCUCUCCACCAUUGGCUGCCACGGAAUAACCGACAGCUUUACGGUAUAGGGGGACGGCGAGAGAGGAUGUUGUCCCUUCGAUCCUCCGGAGAGGCAAUUCAUUUGGGCUUCGGGAUGCUUGUAGUUCUCCGGCUCACGUCAUCUUAAAGCUGCUCGAAUCACAAAGAGAUGCUCGCCGAUCCACGCCGAUACAUUGUUCGGUCACCGCGGGGGGAGAGGAGCAUGUAACCGGCUAGAGAAGCAACGGCGGGGCGGCAAGAGUGGCACCACCUGACACUUCUUUCUCAUUCUUUUCUUUUCUCACUCUCGUCAGAGAGUGAAGCCUCCUCGUCGUAUUUGGAUUUUUUGCAGUGUGCACAAAAUGAGCGAGGAAGUGUCAGAGGUCCCCAAAGAGCUUAUGGAGAGCGUGCGGGAUGCGGUGGGGAGGAAGGUGAAGCUGUCACUGAGGAAGAGAGUCAAACUGGAGAUCAAAGGAGACAAGACAGAGAAUCGAGUCCUGGCUCUUGCGCCUCACCGAGCAUACCUUCUGACUGCACGUAUUCCCACUAAGGUGGAACAUUCCUUUAAUUACUUGGAGAUCCAGGGAAUUGCUUGUAACAAGCCAACACAGCUGUUUAUAGAAUACGAGCGAGGCUCCUUCUCUCUGAAGCUACUCUCCACUGAGGAGGUGAAUGAGGUUGUUGCUCAUGUCGGAAACUGUCUACUUAGAAUAUGUCCUGGUCUUCCACCCGGUAAAGUGAUGAAGAAGCUCAGUGUGGAGCCUGCAGACAGGCUGACCUACCUCCAGACCUUGUGGGAGACUAAUAAACCUGACCCUGGACCAUGUGGUGGUUUUUCACAGAUGUACAGGUGUGUGUGUGACUGGUUGUCGCUGCCAUACAGAGAAGAGGUUCAGUGGGAUGUUGACACCAUCUAUUUGACACAAGACAGCAGAGAACUUAACUUGCAGGACUUCAGCCAUCUUGAGAACAGAGACUUGGUGGCCAUAAUCGCUGUGCUAGAGUUCAACCAUUGGUUCACCAAGCUCGCCACUAAGGACUACAAGCUGUCUGCAGAUGUGUGCGAGCAAAUUCUUCGGGUGGUGGCUCGCUCCAGUAGACUGGAGGAGUUGGUGCUAGAUAAUGCAGGGCUUAAAACUGAUUUUGCCCAGAAGCUUGCUGCUGCACUCGCACACAACCCCAGCUCAGGACUCACCACCAUCAAUCUGGCCAAUAAUCCACUGGAGGACAGAGGUAUUGCCUCCCUUGGUGCUCAGUUUGCCAAACUUCGUAUUGGACUCAAGUAUCUAAACUUCUCGAAAACCUCUGUGUCACCCAAAGGGGUGAACAGCCUUUGUCAGUCACUGAGUGCCAACCCGUCCAUCCCAAGCAGCCUCGUCCAUCUGGACCUCUCAGGGAACAUCCUCAGAGGAGACGACAUGCAGCAUUUGUACCAUUUCUUGAGCCAACCCAACCACCUGACAACCCUCGACCUCUCCAACACUGACUGCUCAUUGGACCAGGUUUGUUCUGCUCUGUUGCGAGGCUCGGUUCAACACCUGUCUGUCCUCAAUGUUUCAAAGAGCAUCUUUCCUCACAGGAAAGGCAAAGAGGUGCCGCCAUCAUUUAAGCACUUCUUCAGCAGCGCCAUGGCUCUCAGCUCCAUCAAUGUGUCUGGAACAAAGCUGGCGCCAGAUGUCCUCAAAGCUCUCCUGCUUGGCCUGGCGAGUAACCCCAACGUGAAGGAUGUGUCUCUAGACCUCAGCUGCUGUGAGUUGCGGUCUGGAGGCUCCCAAAUACUUGAAGGUUGCAUUGCUGAGAUUCCAAAUAUCUCCAGUCUAGAUAUCUCUGACAACGGCCUGGACUCUGAUCUGUCCACUCUGCUAAUAUGGUUGGCUAAAAACCGCUCCAUAAGACACUUGUCUCUGGGCAAGAACUUCAACAACAUCAAGUCCAAAAACCUCGCUCCAGUGUUGGACAGUCUGGUCCAUAUGAUCCAGGAGGAAGAGUUGCCCCUCACCUCUCUGUCUCUAGCCGACUCCCGGCUGAAGAGCGAUCUAACUAUCGUUCUGAACGCGCUCGGCAGCAACUCGUCACUCACCAGGCUCGACAUCAGCGGGAACGCGAUGGGCGACAUGGGCGCCAAAAUGCUGGCCAAGGCACUGCAGAUCAACUCCAAACUCCGGACAGUGAUCUGGGACAAGAACAACACUGGUCCUCAAGGCCUGCAGGAUGUAGCAGCAGCUCUGGAGAAAAACUUCGCUAUCCGUUUUAUGCCCAUCCCCAUCAUCGACGCCUCCCAGGCUCUGAAGGCCAGUCCAGAGAAGACAGAGGACGCCUUGCUUAAGAUUGAAAAUUAUCUUUACAGAAAUCAUGAAACCAGGAAAUACCAACAAGAGCAGGCAUAUCGCCUCCAACAGGGCAUUGUAACCACGACCACACAGCAGAUGAUGGACCGGAUCUGUGUAAAGGUACAGGACCACCUGAACUCUCUAAGGAACUCGGAGACUGACGCCGUCCUGGAAGAUGUCAGGUCUGCAGAAAGCCUCAUCAAAGAUGCAAGGAACUCGAAAACGCUCCUCCCGAACCUUUAUCACCUAGGUUCUACUUCCAGAGAGGAAGUUCACAGUGCUUCAGUAGGUCCUAUUCAGGAGAAACUGGAGUCUGUGGCGGGAGAGGUGACUUCUGUCAUGGACCAACAGCUACAGACCCUAUUGGAGUCUAUGAUGGAUACAGCAGAGUCUCUGUGUCCUCACGUGAUGAAGAGGAGUAAUCUACGCUCGGACCUCAUAAAGGCCAGCUCAGCCAAGAUGGUUGUCCCCAAGAGCUUUGUCACCAAAACUCUCCUGGAGCAGUCCGGUAUUGACAUCAUCAAUAAGAUCAGUGAGGUGAAGUUGAGUCUUGCCUCCUUCCUGUCUGAUCGUAUUGUUGAUGAUAUCUUAGAGGCCCUUUCCAAUUCACAACACACUCUGGCAGACCAUCUGGUGCGGAGAGGGCGCCCCUUGGUGCAGCAAGAGUCAGUAGACAUGGAUGUUCCAGAGGAAAGGAUUCCCAAACGGGCAUCCACUGAGAUCCUAGAGGGCGAGAGACUGGAUGACCUGGAGUCAUGCAUGACACUGUGCUGCACCAGUAUGACACCAAAGUCCAAGAGAAAAAGCAUCCAUACUCGAAUGCUGAGGCCAGUCUCACGUGCUUUUGAGAUGGAGUUUGACCUGGACAAGGCACUGGAGGACGUACCAGCCCAUGUGGAGGACACGCCGGCUUCAUCUCACACUCCUCCAACUCCAUCUCAGCCUUUACCCAAAGCAGAGCAGCGUGUGCCGGGAGGGAUUUUGGAGCUUCCGUCUGAGGAGGAGAAAAAGCUGCAGCACUUCACUAAACUAAGACCACGCAGAAACAAAAAAACACACUCCAGCAAAAUACCACAAAUGAGCAGUGCUCAAUCUCAGGAUGGGGAGCAGAAUGGCCUCAUGGCAAGGGUGGAUGAGGGUGUGGACGAAUUCUUCUCUAAAAAAGUCACCAAGAUAGAUUCAAAACGUUUCAUGAAAAGCUCUGAAUCUCACGAUGGAGAGAAGAAGAAGAGCAAAGGAGGCUUCCUCAACCUUAUCAAACGCUCUACCAAAUCAGAUAAGUCGGACAAAUCUGAUAAGUCUGAGAAAAAUCAGAUGACCCCUCCAUCCUCAGCUACAUCCACAGCUUCUUUAGCCUCAGCCUCCGUCAUCCCUGAGGAGCCUUCCUCUCCAAAGUCGACAGUAAAAAGCCCAGCACCCGAGCCAAAGUCCAGAGAUUCCUCUAGUCGCUCACAGCCUGCGGACUACAGCAGCAGCUCAGACCGUUCAGAGGAGCUGAGAACACCCGACUCCAUAGACGAGCCGUGGGAGGGCUCAGAUGGCCGAGGGAGUCCCCAGGGCGGACGGCGGUACCCGGGCAUGCAGAUGAUGGGCAGUGGGCUCCUGGCAGAGAUGAAGGCCAAGCAGGAGAGGAGAGCAUACAAGUCCUCCAGCCCUGACAGACCUGACAGCAAUUGCAUAGGUUCUCCAGAGAAGACUUCAGCUCGUGUUGAAACCAAGCCUGAUCCCGCUCCUCGUGCCAGGGUUCCAUCUUCCUCGAGCUCCUCAGGAGGAUCAGUGAGUCCCAAACCACUAAUGCCCCAGGGAGCGAAGCCCGCUCUAUCUGCCCGUCCCUCCUUGCCACAGAAGCCGAGGACCACGAGCAGUAGGAGCACAGAUGAGAACUCGGAUGCCCCCAAUGGUGGGGGUGUGUCUCUGAAAGUUUCAUCACUGAAGAAGGCGUUACCAGAGAAAGACAAGGAGGCCAACAACAGUCUGCAGACAGGAGCAUCCGUCAAUAAAUCCACUCAGGAAGGGAGAAAGGUGUCUGGGUCUGACUCUUCUCAGCGUUCCAGCCAUCAGCGCACAAAUUCUGAUGAUCAUGGACCCUUCAAGACCAAGGGGCCGUCUCCAAAUGCAGAGAAGGAGAAAACAGGCAAAAAAUCCUCCGAUUCUGGGGAGGAAGCUGACAAAGAAAUGAUUUUAAUAUGAAGCCAUUUACGAGCUUCACUUAAUAAGGGGCAAUAUAAGAAAAGGUUUUUAUUUAUUAGACUAGGUUGU